AUGGAUAUGCUACCGAAAGACAUGUCAUCUGUGAGAAAUUCUCCAGCACCCACUAAAAAUGAUGGAGUAGAAGAUCUAUAUCUCUGUGAACAUGUUGACUCAAAUUAUUCCGAAACUCUUGAGAAUUACUGGCACCGCAAAAAGAACGAGUAUCCCGCACUCUACGAAGCAGCCACAAAAUUGUUCAGUGUGAUUCCAAGUGAAUCAAUCUGUGAAUCCUGUUUUUCGACUGCUUCAUAUUUAUUAGACAAACGUAGGACACGUCUUCAAUAUUCGAAAGCUGAGCUAGUCGUAAUGGGGUGCCAAUUGGCCAAUAAAUUUCCACACUGGUUAGACGAUCUUGCAUAA